UGGGUCUGUCCCAAUCCUCCGUCAGCAGAGUCAUCACCCAAACACUGACAGCUUUGUCACAACCUAAUAUUGUGACACAAUUUGUUUCAUUCCCGCUGGAUGCCCGCACUUUACACACACAUAAAAGGGCAUUUAUGGACAUUGCAGGAUUCCCUGGCGUUGUGGGUGUAAUUGAUGGAACACAUGUGAGAAUAAUUGCGCCAUCAGAGGACGAGGCUGUCUUUGUUAACAGGAAGAAUUUCCACAGCAUCAAUGUGCAAAUAGUGUUCAAUGCAGCCUGGAAGAUUUUGGACAUUGUGGCUAAAUGGCCAGGCUCCACACAUGAUGCGAGAAUGCUCUCCGAGAGUGGCAUCGGACAGCUUUUUGAGAGACGCUAUGUGCCAGCUAAUUGCCACUUGUUAGGGGACAGUGGCUACCCAUGCAAACCAUGGCUCCUUACACCUUACCUCCAGCCACGCCAAGGGCCCCAACUAAACUAUAACAGGGCCCACAAGACAACAAGAGCGGUGGUGGAGCGUGGCAUAGGGCAGCUUAAGAGGCGCUUUCAUGUUCUCCACGGAGAGGUGCGGCUGAGGCCUGAAAAAGUCAGCAAAGUCAUCAUAGCCUGUGCAAUAUUACACAAUAUUUGCAAGGUUAGACAGAUUGCAGAACCUCUGGAGGAUGGCGAUGAGGAUGAGGAUGGAGACAACGAUGAGGAUGGUGGUGAAGAAGAUAUUCACAUUCCACAGGGGAACCUAGCCCAGAGUGGACUGCCUUACAGGGCAAACUUCACAAAUUUACAUUUCAGGCAAGCUGUAGCC